AUGGCAUCAUCACUCCCCAUAACGGCUUCCUUCCUCGGCGGUGUCAGCGUCGCUGACCGUCCCUCGAUUGGCCGCCGGCGGAGCCUCGUGAUGGCCAAGGCUGCCACCCACGUCAAAGACACCGAACGUCGUGAUGGCGGCGAGAACAACGGCCGGCGGGCGGUGAUGUUCGCGGCUGCUGCGGCCGCGGUGUGUGGCAUCGGCCAGGGGAUCGCGACGGCAGAUGAGGAGCCUAAGCGGGGGACGUUGGAGGCGAAGAAGAAGUACGCCCCGAUAUGCGUGACCAUGCCGACGGCGAGGAUCUGUCACCAGUGA